AUGAAGUUUACCAUUCUCAGCUCUUUUCUCUUCUUGGCUACUGCCGCCAUGGCUGGAAGUGGCAGCUCUGACUCCACAUACUCCGAGUCCAACUCAAUAAACGAUUCCGGUUCGAGUUGGGGCAAUGAGGGCUCAUCAGAAGGCUCAGGUAUUACCCAAGCUUCAGGCAGUCAGUAUACUGCUGCCGCCAAUCGAGACGACUCUUGGGCAUCUGGUGACCAGAGCAAUGGAGUCACCAUGCAGCAGUCGACCUGGACUACCACAUUCACAACUACCAACUCAAACGGCCAGACUACCACCGAGACUUCUACUGUUACCAGUAAUGUUCAAUCCAACUCCAAUAGUACCUCCACCACUACUGCUACGGGUACCUCUACUGGGAAUAGCACAAACGGUGCUUUUCCCCGCCAGACUGGCUUGGGAAUGACAGCUGGUGGUGUUGCUGGUCUACUUGGUGUCCUCGCGAUCCUGUAG